AUGCCGGUCACUGCCAAGAUCGCUCCCACAAAGCCAGAGGCCUGGGCCAAGGGCAGCGUUACCUCACCAGGCCAACUGCUCGAGCAAUCCUGGCCACGCGCGCCCAAAGGCUUGUCCGAUCGAGUUAUACAGAGCGGCCUCUCCACAGAGUCAGACCUCAGGGCCGCCCAUGUGUCGCCGUCCGAGAACGGCUUCGUCUGGGCGGCCUACCACGCCUACCGCACACAUCACCAUCUCGUGCUCCGGCCCGAGGACAUCUGGUUCGCCAUUCUGACCCAGACCAGCUUCUAUAUCAACGCUCACGCCGAGGAGCUGCGCUCCUUCUUCGUUGACCACCAGGGCAAGAAGGAGCUCGAGGCCGUCUCGAACGUGCGCGACUUUGGCGCGCUCGCGCUGCAGAUGACCGACAUGAUCGCCAAGAACGUCAAGGACCCGGAGCUCCGCGACUGGGUCAUGCCAGACUUCAGCACCACCACCCCGACUGACAGGGUCGUGGGCUCGGUCCUCUUCAUGGGCGCCAUGCAAAAGUACUUCAGCUACGGCUUCACGCUGUGCUGCGGCAUCCCGUCCGUCACCCUUCUCGGCGAGGCCGGCGACUGGGAGAAGCUGCUGGCGCGCGUCGACAAGCUGGAGCUGCUCGGCGAGGAGCCCAAGCGGUUCGCGCGGCUGCUCCGCCCCGUGCUCCGGCACAUGCUGCUCACGUUUGAGCAGCCCGAGAGCGAGGCCGUCGGGAACUUCUGGAACAGGAUCGUGACGCACAACCGCAUGGGCAGCGGCACCGACUACCUCACCGGCUGGCUCACCGUCUUCUGCUUCUGGGACGAGGAGGGCAAGGCCAAGCGCGGGGGCCAGAACGGCGAUGAGUUCGCCUUCAUGCGCGCCGCCGCCGCCGCCGCCUCGGACGACGACAAGGAGGAGGACUUCUCUUUCCCGUUCGUCGACAUCGACAUGGUCACCCCAGGCUGCGCGUCCGUGCCCGUCAAGGUGGACGACUUUGGCGACGUCUACGAGGCCACCAUGGUGGCGGGCUCCGUCGGCAUCGCCGCCUCGGCGGGCGCGGGCGACGAGACUGCGCUAACUACGGUCCAGCCGGUCGCUGGCUGGUGGAUCUUCAAGAACGAGAAGCAAGGGGAGGGCAAGGGAGCGCAGGCACAGGCGUGCUCUGGCGAGGUGGCCCCGUCGGUCCAGGACGGCACACCGAGUGCCGCCUUUGUCUGA